GGUUCUAUUUCGUGCUGAAGCAUAGUAGAUCUCCUCGCACUCUUGGAUAUAACUUCAGCGAGAAUAUCAUUAUGAAGGGCGUUUUGGUGGCUUUCUUGCUGUUGGUUGUGCUCCUUUUAGUUACAGUUGAUGCCAAAAAGCGUGGAAAAGAGGGAUCAAGACGGAAGAAUGGGAUAAAGCUGGGUAUGAAAGAAUUAACAUGCCCCAGGAACUGUUCAGACUGUGAAGAGGGGAUAUGUCUAGAAUGCGACGACGGUUUUGCUCUUAAAACGUUUCGCAACAACAGAACAGGGUGUAUACCGUGUGGCCGACGUCUUAAAAUGAAGGAUCCUGCUUCAUUCCUCCAACAAUGCGUCAACGAUUGUUCCAGAAACUGUUCAGCUUGUGAUAAUGGUAACUGCCAAAUGUGCGACCCUGGAUUCUUCAAAGUUCAAACGAGACUUUUAAAAAGAACGGUUUGUGUUCCUUGCGGUCCUCGAAUGAAAAGAAAUUGGCCGGACGUUUUCGUGAGGGAAUGUAAAGAGUCCGAAUUAACAUGCCCCAGGAACUGUUCAGACUGUGAAGAGGGGAUAUGUCUUGAGUGCGACGACGGUUUUGCUCUUAAAACGUUUCGCAACAACAGAACAGGGUGUAUACCGUGUGGCCGACGUCUUAAAAUGAAGGAUCCUGCUUCAUUCCUCCAACAAUGCAUCAACGAUUGUUCCAGAAACUGUUCAGUUUGUGAUAAUGGUAACUGCCAAAUGUGCGACCCUGGAUUCUUAAAAGUUCAAACGAGACUUUUAAAAAGAACAGUCUGUGUUCCUUGCGGUCCUCGAAUGAAAAGAAAUUGGCCGGACGUUUUCGUGAAAGAAUGUACAGAGUCCGGUUGUGGACGAGGAUGCGCUAACUGUACCUCCCCUGGCCUUUGCACCGAAUGUGAAGGAGACCAGAAGCUUUUUACACCACCAGGCAGUAACAUCACAAGAUGUGUUCGCAGAUGUCCGCUAUUUUACAAGCUGGAGAAGGGCGCGUCACCUCCAACAUGCGAAUUCCAGCAUAAGGGAGGAAAACCAAACAGACAGAACGAGUGUGGAAGAGGCUGCGAGCAAUGUACAGAAGAAGGAGUUUGUGAGAAGUGCUUUAAAGAAUUGCAAUUUUUAAAACUACGCGAUCGCACAAUUUGCGUCCGAAAAUGUCCAUCAACUUUAAGAAAAUAUUUCGACCCAGAAACUAACAAAAUGAUCUGCGGGAAUCUACGCCGUGGCAAAAAAAGGAGGAAGAAAGAAUCCUUUGCUGUCCGACAUUUAAAAGGCAGGCCUUUUGAUCCUGUAUACUUUUUUCUAAGGGUGUUUUUAUCAAGAUGAUAAAACUAAUUUAACAUUUUCCUUACUGACAAAAGCUGCCAGGCAAAUGUCGUUGGAGGUCUUGGCUACUAACAGAAAGAAGUUGGCAUAAAGUUAAAGUCAAGCAAAAUUACAACCCCCUCACUUGUUGUUUUAGUUUGAUCAAAAUAAAACUCUCAACUACAAGGUUUAAAUAUAUUGAUUACAUCCUAGCUCAAGAGGUAUUUUUUUUUCUAGCGUUAAUGUAUUUUCUACUCACUUGUUAAUUUUUCUAUAAUACGCAUUCCUGCAAGAGAAUUGUCUAAAAAUUUGUUGACAUUUGAGUAUCUUGUAAACCACAUCAACUAAAGAUACAUGUGAGUACUGCAGGUGAUAUUAAAGGUGACGAACAACACACUGUAACUAAGUUUUUCUAUGUUUGUACCAUAUUAACAGCCAAAUAAAUCGUAUGAAUAGCUGAA